GCAAGUGCAGCGCCUAUUCUCUUCCUCCUCGCUUUUCCAUGCCUUCCCUUCCCUGGCUUCUCUGAAUCGUCCACUCCAGGCUCUUGUCUGUGAAUUCCUUGGACACUUUCCCCAUCUUUUUCUCACAUUUUUUUCACCACCUUUCCCCCUAUUUCUGGGAGCCAAUGAGAGAUAUUGGUUCUGAUUAAGGGACAGCUCGAGACUCGGGGUGUGCGAGGAGGAUCGACACAGAGUGCUAAAGAUGAGACAAGUCAUUGAAAUACAAAAUGAUUUUGCAAGUAUAAUAAUUCCAUCACUUGGAAAUUGAGAGAAGAUUGGAGUUGAGAGCAGAAGUGGGGUGAUGGAGAGCACCCCCUCAAGGGGUGGACUGAACCGCGUACACCUACAAUGCAGGAAUCUGCAGGAAUUCCUAGGGGGCCUGAGCCCUGGGGUAUUGGACCGAUUGUAUGGGCACCCUGCCACUUGUCUGGCUGUCUUCAGGGAGCUGCCAUCAUUGGCUAAGAACUGGGUGAUGCGGAUGCUCUUUUUGGAGCAGCCAUUGCCACAAGCUGCUGUAGCCCUGUGGGUAAAGAAGGAAUUCAGCAAGGCUCAGGAGGAAAGUACAGGGCUGCUGAGUGGCCUCCGUAUCUGGCACACCCAGCUGCUCCCAGGCGGGCUCCAGGGCCUCAUCCUUAACCCCAUCUUCCGCCAGAACCUCCGCAUUGCCCUUCUGGGUGGGGGAAAGGCCUGGUCUGAUGACACAAGUCAGCUGGGACCAGACAAGCACGCCCGGGAUGUUCCCUCACUUGACAAGUAUGCCGAGGAGCGAUGGGAGGUGGUCUUACACUUCAUGGUGGGCUCCCCCAGUGCAGCUGUCAGCCAGGACUUGGCUCAGCUCCUCAGCCAGGCUGGGCUCAUGAAGAGUACUGAACCUGGAGAGCCGCCCUGCAUUACUUCUGCUGGCUUCCAGUUCCUGUUGCUGGACACCCCCGCCCAGCUCUGGUACUUUAUGUUGCAGUAUCUGCAGACUGCCCAGAGCCGGGGCAUGGACCUAGUGGAGAUUCUCUCCUUCCUCUUCCAGCUCAGCUUCUCUACUCUGGGCAAGGAUUACUCUGUGGAAGGUAUGAGUGAUUCUCUGCUGAACUUCCUGCAACAUCUGCGUGAGUUUGGUCUUGUUUUCCAGAGGAAGAGGAAAUCUCGGCGUUACUACCCCACGCGACUGGCCAUCAAUCUCUCAUCAGGUGUCUCUGGAGCUGGGGGCACUGUGCAUCAGCCAGGCUUCAUUGUUGUGGAAACCAAUUACCGACUGUACGCCUACACGGAAUCGGAGCUGCAGAUUGCCCUCAUUGCCCUCUUCUCUGAGAUGCUCUAUCGCUUCCCCAACAUGGUGGUAGCGCAGGUGACCCGAGAGAGUGUGCAGCAGGCCAUCGCCAGUGGCAUCACAGCCCAACAGAUAAUCCAUUUCCUAAGGACAAGGGCCCACCCAGUGAUGCUCAAACAGGUACAGACAGCCCUUGCCCUGCAGACACCUGUGCUGCCUCCCACCAUCACAGACCAGAUUCGGCUGUGGGAGCUGGAAAGGGACAGACUUCGCUUCACCGAGGGCGUCCUGUACAACCAGUUCCUGUCCCAAGUGGACUUUGAGCUGCUGCUGGCCCACGCGCGGGAGCUGGGCGUGCUCGUGUUCGAGAACUCGGCCAAGCGGCUCAUGGUGGUGACCCCGGCCGGGCACAGCGACGUCAAACGCUUCUGGAAGCGGCAAAAACACAGCUCCUGAGUGCAGGACCCGGACCCGGACCCGGACCUGGACCUGGGCGGGCGGGGCGGGCUGGCUGAGCCGGCCGCAAAGCGGCCGCAGCCUCAGAACUCAGGUGUUUUUUAUUUACACGUCGGGACUUUGCCUGUCUAAUAAAGCUGUGGAACUGA